GUUAACGAUAUCAGUGCAUUUCAUGGCUUUAUCGUCACAAGUUUAGGUCAGUGUUGGUCCAGGAAAGAUGUGCAUUUAACAAAUACGCAAUGUAUAUGUCCAAUGAAGUGCAACAUGAUAGCUGUGGUUCCAUGCCAUCACUGUGAGGAUGGGUCCUCAAGAGGACUACAUCGAGACAGUCUUCACAUGUGAAGGAGAUAUCAAUGACCCAAACCUUCAGUCGCGAUUGGAAGAUUUUCAAAGCCAGCUCAAAGAACUUUUAUCUACAGAUAAAAGAAAGUUGAUUUUAAAGAAAGUAGAACCUUGGAAUAGUGUGCGUGUGACAUUUAAUAUACCAAGAGAGGCGGCAUGGAGGCUGAAACAACUAGCACAACAAGGCAAUGUUACUCUUAGGCAGCUUGGAGUAUUAGCUGUUCAGAUAGAGGGAGAUCAGCUUAUUUCACUGACAAUUGCAGGAAGAAAUAAUGCGAGAACACAACUUAUUUUUAGGACAGCAGAUGAUACUGUUGAUGCUCCUAACUUAUCGUUACUUGACUCUGGAGGGGGAACCCAUGAUUAUGGGUCUCCAGGUCCUACCAAUGUUCAGUCAACCCGUAGGAAUAUUGCAGACUAUCUUCGACAGGGGGCAUCUAUAUUUGAUUCUAUUCUUACACCAGAGAGUGAAAGUGCUCAGAAUACUGUGCAUGUAGGAAGGAAUCCUAAUAUAAUUGGGGGUGCAAAUUUCCAUACUGACAAAAAUAUUCAAAAUGUUGCAUCUCAUACAGCUUCAUCCAGUAAAGCACAAGGUCCUUCAUACAGUCAUUUUCCAGCUGAAAUUGAACAAAAUGCUGUAGGUAUGGAUAAACCUCCUCCCCCAUAUCCUGAGGGGAGUGCUUGGGUUAAUAACAUAGCAAGGGGCAUUCGAGGAAUUCCUCCAACAACUAGCCCAUUACUGGUUAAUUUAUUACAAACUGAUCCUGCCUUUGCAUUAGCUGGAAUGAACAAUUUUAUGAACUCUAAAAUGAUACCGCCACCCCCAGAAUCAAGUCCACCGUUAAAGAAAAAGCGUAAACCAAGAAAGCCAAAGGCGGGUUGCGAAGGAGAAGCUACUAUACAAAGUGUUCCAAAUCCUGUUUUAUCGUCUUACUCUAUGCCGACAUCUGGUAGUGGUAAUAACAUUCUACCUGUUCCUAUGGUAACACAGGCUUUGGCAGCUAACACUCAACCUUCAGUUACUUUUUCUAAAUCUGUGCCAUCAACAUCAGAAAUGAUGUUUUCUUCAGUUAAUGAUGAUAGAGCCAAUUAUCCUGAAGUUGUGAGUAGUAAGGCUUUAAGUAUGUCAUCUACAGGGACUACAGGUGAACCAAUACAAACUUUACCUGAGAGCACUGUAGGAAAGAUCAUAAAUCCUUAUACAGGACAUCUGGAACCAAUGGAGCAUUCUGAUUCUAAUCCUGCCAAAAACUGUGUAACAUUUGAUAGACUUUCACCUCUAGGAUUGAAUAGUCGUGAAAAAACACUGCUGUCCAAAGAGAGAAUGAAUCAUAUAAUAUCACAUAACAAGUUACCAAGUACUUGUAUAAACUCAAAUAUGCCAGCAUCAAGUACAUACUGUUCUGUUCCUUUACAGCAGUGUCAAACAAACUCUGCAUUGACUGUGGGAUCUCGUAUUCAAGGCAGCGAAUCAUUAUCUGUGACUGUAUCUGCUAGAAGUAGUAGUUUGGCAUUAUCGUCAUCACAAAAUUACAAUUUAGUGCAAUCUAGUCCCAUAGCAAGUGUCAGUAAACGGUCCAAUAUUCUAUUAGAUAUGUCUGGAAAAAGUAAUUUUCCCUCACAAACUUGUUCUAUGAGCAUUUCUUCAAACAAAGAUCUGUACAAAACUGCAGCAUUACAUGGUCAUCACAUAACAGUUUCCGGUGGUUCUAGAACAAGCACUGCUGAAUCUACUUACUCAUCUCAUAAACAUUUAUCCAAUAAGGACCAUAUGAAAUUUAUCACUUCUGAAAAUUUGCUCAACCCUCUGAAAAAUCCAGCCAAAAAAACAGGCAGCUGCUCGAACAGUAGUACUGGUGUUAACACUGAACACUCCAGUCAUACAAAAUCCAUACAUGACACUCAUAUGCAAAAUGAUAUUGGUGCUGUUACUACGGGAUGCACAACUGAAAUAAAUUCUAAAGUGUACUAUAAUGACUCCGGUGUUGGGAGUUCAUCUGAAAGAUCAGAUGAUACACCAUCAGAACCUGGAGAAUCGGAUUUUAAAUCUGCAAACAAUCACAAUCACGUGGAAGAGUUCUCUAGGUCAGUGUUUAAUGAAAAUAUAGUUCAAAAACAGAAUUUGUUAAAUAAACCUGACCAACAAGUGAUAACUGUUGGCUAUGCCAUGUCGAAUCAGCAACAAAAUGAGAAGUACAGCAAUGAUGUUUCCAAUAUUUUGGCAAUAGAUAAAGCUCUUAGGCACCCUGCAUUGAAAAAGAAAAAUAGUGAUUUGACUAAAAACAAUGAUUUGACAGACCACCAAGUGGCAAUGAUGCAUUUAUUUAGUAAGAACAAAAAGAAAAGCCCAAAGCAUUUCUUGCACGAAGAUGUUCUUACAAAGGAACACCUUCAGUUGUUACAGAAAGUAGACAGUAUGCAGUAUUUACAGGACAAUUUUCAUCCACAUGGGAAACAAGAUAAAUCAAAUCAGCAUUUAUUUUCAAAUUCAAGGCUGGCUGUUCCUGGAAGAAUAGAUAACCUACAUUCUCCAACAAGCAUACAACCUAGUGCAAGAACUCCUUCUCCAAGAUUGUUUGCUAAUCAUGAUCCGAAAGAAACAAAUGACAUCAACAUGUGCAAUAAAACUAGACAUAACGUUGAUAAAACACCAGUUUCUGAAAUGGAAUCAAUGCAAAAUGAUAUAAUUUCAUCUUAUUUGACACAGAAAAACCAUGAAAGAAAAUCUAAAUCACCCAUUAGUGGGAAUUUGACUGUAUCAGCAGCUAUGGAAUUGAUCUCUUUAGAAAAUAUGAUGUCUGUGAAUAGUGCUAUAGGUAAACAUGCAGAAGGAAUGAAUGCUCAGGGUAUUCUAAAAAAUGAUUUGAUGAACAAUAUAAAAAGACCUGAAAAUAUUCUUGGAUCAAGUGAAAAUGACAUUACAAAACUAUCAAAGUCUGGGUCGUACAAACGAAGAUCUCCUGCUUCAGCAUUGUUGAAUCCAUUACCACAGCAAUUUUUUGAUCCAAAAAAAUUGACUGAAUCUGUUCAAAAACUAGUUAAACCUCUUCUUCCUGAAUCAUCAACUCUACCUCAUUCUCAGAGACGUUCACCAGGAUCAGUGGGCUCUAGAGCCUGCACUUCUCCUCAGUCACUCAAAAGUGAGGGACUAAAAGAUUCCAUGGACAGUUCAGACAAUGUGAUAAAUGGUCCAUCGGAUCCAACUCUUAACAAUGAUAACCAUGUAGUAAAUAGUGAUAUUUUAUCAAAUUCCUCUUCAGAUCAUCUGAAAACAGAGGCUGAAAAUGGAGUGAAAAAAAGUUUAAACUCUCCAAUUUUUAACCAUGUUUUAAGAGAAAAAACUCCCAAAUCAAAUGAUGCACAUGAUAGUGACAAGAAUGGUGAUUGUAGAAGUGAUACUAGGAACUUAGGAUCUGGAAAUCAUUCCUUACCUUCUCAGGAAAGUGCUCCCUCUAGUGUUAGUGCUGUGUCUAAUAUUUAUAACCAGUCAAACAAAUCUGGUUCUGACAGUAGUUUUAAAUACUCUUCUGAGCAAAACAUUCAGGAGAAUCAUAAACAAAAUGCAAGUGAUCAUGUGAAAGUGCCAAUUGAGGUUUCCGUAAUGGAUUCAACAAGCUUAGACUCAACUGUUACAACAUCAAAAAUUGACCUUUCUAAAGUGCCAACAAAUAAUAAUGGUUCAGGAAUAAAUCCUUUAAAUCCUGAAAAUGAUAAAUUGCUUGAUAAAAGUGUGAAAAAUAAAAAUUUGAACAAGAAAUCUGAUAGUUCGUGCAAUACAGGUGUUGAUUAUUCUUCAUUAAAAGUUAACUGUGAUUCUGAAAAAACUUCUCCCAAAUCUAGUCAGAAAUCUACAAGUGUGUCACCAGUGAAAAAAGGUAAAUCAGAUGAAAAGGGACCUAUCAAGCUUCAUCUUUCUCAUGGCAUUAUAACAAAUUCACAACCAUUUAGCAAAGAGGAGUUAGCAAAUGAAACUAAUAUAACUGUGAUAACUAGAUCCGAUCAUAGGAAGAGCGAAAACUCUGCAGGGGAACCAACUGUUCCACCAUUAGUGUUGAAGGUAUCUCGAAAACCAUCUGUUGUUGAAGCAACUACAGAACAAAAACAAGAGGAAUCUCAAUCACUAACUAUGUCUCUCAGAGCAAGGAAAGCAUCGGAUGCAUCUGAAUCAACACACAAUUUAAGGCCACCUAAACCAGUACGUCAGAAAUCUGUUGAACAAGAAGUGGAACAAUAUAAAAUAGUAGAUGAUUCUUCAUCUAAAUCUCUGAGGCAGUCACGAAGAAGAAAAACUACAUCGGACAGUGAACCUGCACAAGAUUCAGAUAAGAGACUUCAUAUUGAAAACUGUUCAGAAGAAACUGACGAGAAAUUAGGUAAAAGUGAAGAAAUGCAAACUGAAAUUGGUGAAGGUCUUACAUUAUUUGAUACUGUGAAAAGUGGUCUUAGAGCUAGGACUCAAAACAAACCUGAAGAAAAGAUCAAAGUUAGUCCAAAAGAGCUUAAACAGAGCAAAAGUGUUGAAGAAGACAAUGUGAAACGUAACAGUCAAAAUCGCAAGAGUCGACAGUCACCAACCACCAUUGACAAACAACAAACUAAAGAAGCUAGAGAAAAGUCACCUGGAAGAAUUGUUAGAACUAGAAGUGGACAGAUUUCCCCCAGUGCUGAAGAUGAUAAUAGUAAGAGAUCAACACGAUCAGCAAAGCCUAAAAUUCAGAGUGUUGAUACACAAAAUGAUGCAACCGAUCUACCUCCUCCCCCUCCAAGCAAGAGACGUCGCACCACAUCUCGUGACCACAGAUAGGAAGCUGUCUCAUCUCUGUGCAAAUGUAUAUAUUUAUAUAUCCUCAUAAAUAGCCAGUGUUAUUGUUGACAAGAAAUGGCAUAUAAUGUACAUGAUGUAAAAUAGUGUAUAAUUUAAUAAGAAUAGUGCUUUGAUAUCCAUUGUGUAUAGAUCAUGUGAUAUUCACUUAGUCUCCCUGUAGACGGGGAGGUUGUACUUUUUAAUAAAACACUUAAUGGUUUUUGUAUUGUGAUAAUUUUGUUGUAAUGAUAGAGUUUAUAAUGAAUUUUUUGUUUAACUGCCAGAUGGAAUAUAUUUUAAUAAGUUUUUGUCUAUUGCUGUUUACAAAAGUAUACUCUUCACAUUUUGUCCAUUUAAGUGCAUAUGUGUAUUCUUACAGGUUAAAGUUCUUAAUGCUCAAACUUUUUUUUCUUUUUAUUUUCCUUAUUACCUGUACACAAACUGAUAUUUGAACAUUUUGAUUAGUAGAACCUGAAUGAUAUCUCUACCCUUUCUUACCUCAUAACUUAUUCAGUUUUUAGUGACUGAUGAACAUGUAUGUUUUGGGUCAGUAGAUAUCUUUAAUUCAUUGUAGUUACUGUGCUUACAGUAUAGACCUUUAUAAUAACUCACCAGAUAAUUAGGAAGCAUGAAUUCUAGUACCAAAACUUAUGAAAUUCAACACAAUUCCAAUUAAAGAAUACAACUAUUAAAAAGCUGAAUUACCCAAAUUAAUUGUGCUGGUUAUUAGUUACAUUUGAAAUUCAGAUGUUAUUGCUUUGAUUGGUCAAAAUCUAUUGUGGUAUCUUUUAUCACCAGAGAGUCAAUUGACAUUAAAAAAAUGAAAAACAGAAAUUACCUGAUUAUCCUAUAUUUAAACAAUAAACCUUAAAAGUUUGGACUGUAAAAUUCCAUAAGUAUAAUAGAAUAUUUGAUUAAUACAAAAAAUCCAUUCCUUUUCUCUGAUAAUUUCUUUUUAGCAUAUAUUAACUGUUGCAUAAACAAACUUGUAGCUUAUGAUUUUACUACAAAAUUGAACUUCAGUCAAGUUCAGUGCAGUAAUAUUUGGAGCAUUUUCUUCACAUGACUGAACAAUAGGGCUCCCUUGACUUCAGUCAUGUUGGAAGCAAAAGCAUUUUAUUUAAAUGGAUAAAAUGAGAAUUGUAUAACUGUGUGUGAAUGCAGAGUAUUGCUUUUUGAAGAUUGUUUAUUUUAUAAGGGCUUUGUGUUUGUUGAUAUAUUCUUGUUUUCUAGUCCUCAUAGAACUUAUCUUUACAAACUUCUUAACAGAUUUAUUUCUUCCGAGAGUUUAUGAUUUCAAAGAAUGUUGAACGGUACCUAAUGUCUGUACAUAACAUAUGUAUAUAAUAUAUAUAGUAGUCCAUCUAAAACUUGUAGGUAAUGCUGUUAUCGCCAUCUUACAUUUCACAUGCUGGGUCAUGAACACUGUUGAUUAUUGUAACAUUUUAUAAACAUUUUUCGUGUGAGACUCGAGUUUUAAACUUUCUGUUAUCAAGAAAUAAAAUUUUAAAACAUUUUUGUUCUGGAGAUAUGACUGUGGUAUGUGUCUGCCAUUAUCAAUAGAACACCAAACUAAUGCUUGUUAACUUUUACCUUGUUAAUUGCUUUUGUCACUCAUAUAGGCUUUAAUGGUAACAUUGUAUUCAGUACUGAAAUUAUUUCUGAUUUCUUAUUCAGAAAGACUUAUUUUUCUUAAAUACUGAUUUUUUUCUUCACUGGCAUUAUCUUGAUACACACUGUAAGAUCUUGCAUCAAUAAUUUUUGUUCUCCAGUAUUAUAUAUUUAGUUUCGACUCUACAACUUUCAAUUUCAAAGAUAUUUACUAAAUUGUUGUUGAAAGAAGAUUCCUAAUCAAUAUGGAGCUGAGAUUUUAGAAAGUUAUUGUAUUUUAAUCAGAUAUUUCAGUGUUUUUGACUUGUUUAUUUUAACCAAAAAGUGAUAAAAAUAUUUCUUUUGUUAUAAAUCAUGUUAGGAAAUUAAUCCUCUGAUUUUACAUGUCUGUUGUAUUUUCUAAUAAAUUUUGAUUAUGAGUAUAUAUUAUAUAUGCUUAAAAGUGUUAACCACUUGUUCAAUUCCCCCCUUAUUAUGACAUCAUUGAAAUAGCUGUGCUAAUCUAUACUUAACAUUUUGAAAUGACAUGUUACUAUCAAAAGUAUGAUUUUUUACAUUUUCUGUAGUUUAUUGUAUAAUUUUUUGACAGUUUCUAAAAAAUACAGGCUACAACAAAGCAAAGCAUUUUACACAUAGUUUUGAAAAGAGAUAAUGUAGUCAUAAUGCAGUCAUGGACUAUAUAUAAUUCUAAAGUACCAAGAGCCCACUAGUCCCCUUGUUAACUUGAUAAAGCACACAGGAAAUUAAGAGGAUUCCAACUGGACCUCCUUUACUUUUUACUUGCGGAAAACUUUUUAUUCAAAUCCAUAAGAAUAUAAAACUUAUGAUUCAAACACUUGUUUAAAAGUAAGGAAUAUUGUGUGAAUUAUAGAUUUUCACUUCUGUGUUACCAAGUUCUUUAUAAGUUCAGAAAAUUUACUAAUGGAGUUGUUGCUUAUUUAUUAGAUCUUAUGACUGGACCAGUAAUCAACCCUAUCAAUUGUUAUUAACAAAUUCAAAUGUAUUAAAGGUCACAAGUGAAAAUGUAUGUGCAUCAUACCCAAAUUUGAAAAUCAAAAGUGAUCGGAAAGACUAGUUUAGUAUGCACUCAUUUAAAAAAAAAAAAUUGAUUUUUUUUUUGUUAACAGGAAAAAAUAAAAUUCUUUAAAUUGAUUGAUAUUUCGUUAAAUUCAUUUAUAAAAAGUGAAGCACUACAAACCUGAUUCCUGAUUGAUUUGUAUUUUAGAUUCUGGAACUACAAUCAAUUCCAACAUAAGAUGCUUUGCAUGUUGCAUAAAUGAGUUGGAUAAUUUCUAAAGUCUUCAUUUUUGGUGUCUAUUCCAAAUAGGUGUUACAAUGAUUAUCAUAUACAAAACCUCACAGAACUUGUAAGCACAGAGAUAAAAAUCUAUUACACUGUUAUCACUCUAUUUAAAUGAUGUUAUAAUUGUUAUCUUUAAGGCAGAACUAAUUAUUUCUUAGACACUACCUUACAGUUUUCACUUUGAAUUUGUCAAUAAGUUAUUGGAUUUAUACUUACUGGUGUUUCUAGAAGUUGGAAUAAAAAACAAAAACAUUCACAACUCUAAAGAUCUUCAUUCAGACACAUAUAUUCAGAACUAGAAUGGGGAGUACAUUGGGACACUGUUUGUAUUAUUAAGUUUGAUGUAUAUGUCUAUUUAUUCAAUCUUUUGUAUUAAAACAUCAUGAAAG